ACAACAAUCAUAUAACAAAUAGUAUCGUUCAGAAAAAUCCAUAAAUGUUUCUAAAUUAUGAGCCUCGUCGCAAAAUGUGUGUUGUGUAAUAGAACGUUACCAUACUGGCAAUCGGAAACGUCGAUACUUGUGCGACACAUGUCCGAACACCACCCGGAACAGCAGUAUACGAUCAUUCAAUCGAGAAAGCAGUUAAUUCGACACGGCGAUUCGUCGUCGCAAGAAAACUCGAUUCGGAAUUACAAGUUUGAUAGGAACAAUAUGACGAACAGGUCAUCGAAUCGAAAACUUUCACAAGAUUCGGCGGUCAUACGCGAACUUAAGACAAGCUCAGGGCAGAAGGCAGAUGAAAACCUACCAGACAAAAGUGAUUUCUUCGUUCGACCUCCUACGAGAAGAAAGAUGUACUAUAAAACUACUGUGGCAUCUUGGCGUCCGGCACGAGCCCGCAUAACGUGCCCACAAUGUGGCGAGUCCCGUUUUCCGACAAUUCGUUCAUCCGCGAAUCGCUACGCAAGGUCAAUGUACGGCGCUGCUUGGAUAAUGUCCUGCUGGCCGUUUUGUUUUCUUCCGUGUCUUUUCACGGCCCCCACAAAACACCAUUUGCACUGUUCCAGCUGCGGCUCCUAUCUAGGGGUGUAUGAUCCCGGUCGGGAGGUGGUAGAUGCUAAUCGGAAUAAACCUACCAACAGCAGGAAAUCACCCCUUCGCGACGAACACGGCUGAGAGAGAGAUUGCAUGCUAUAAAGAGCUAGCGGGCUUUCAUGCAAGUUUGUGCGGAACUUUGAAAGCAAGUUUAAUUGUGGCGACACCUGCUUGGUUGUAGGCACAUGUGAACCACUUACAGUCGGUUCAUU